ACCAACUUCAUUUUAUAUUUUUCAGCUGUUUGGUGGAGGACCAGACAGUGCCGAGUAGUUUUUUACGUUCGCAGGCAGUCGUCUAGAGGUGUAAAAUGGGUGAACCAAAUGGUGAUGUCCGAGUAAACGGUAUCAAGGAGAAUGGUACUGACGCGGAAGAAGUGAAAACACCUUUCCUAAUUGGUGUCGCUGGAGGUACCGCGAGUGGCAAGUCGACAGUAUGCAAACGUAUUAUGGAACAGUUGGGGCAGGCAGAUAUGGAUCACACACAACGGCAGGUUGUGUGUAUAAGCCAGGAUAGUUUCUACAGAGAGCUGACGGAGGCGGAAAAAGCUAAAGCUAAGAAAGGGCUCUUCAAUUUCGAUCAUCCAGAUGCAUUUAACGAGAAACUAAUGUAUGACACGUUACAGUCGAUACUUGCCGGCAAAAUUGUUGAGAUUCCAUCCUAUGAUUAUCGUUCGAACUCCAGGGACUUCGAAAAUAAAUUAACUAUCUAUCCAGCGGAUGUUGUGCUUUUCGAAGGUAUUUUGGUAUUUUAUUUUCCAGCAAUUAGGGAUCUGUUUCACAUGAAACUGUUUGUUGAUACUGAUUCUGACACAAGGUUGGCACGAAGAGUUCCACGAGAUAUCAAUGAGAGAGGACGCGAUCUUGACCAAGUAUUGACCCAGUAUAUGACUUUCGUGAAGCCGGCUUUCGAAGAGUUUUGUUCGCCGACCAAAAAAUUCGCGGACGUUAUAAUACCACGAGGAGCCGACAAUACAGUUGCCAUCGAUUUAAUAGUACAACACAUACGUGACUUUUUGAACAACCGCAGACUUGAAGGAUAUCCAUCAUAUUUGCUAUCCGCAGGAUCCGUCAAUCCACCAAUACACCACUUAGGUAAGCGAAAUAUGUCUGAUUUGGCGGCAAAUGUGAGACCCCAUUAAAAAAUUAAUGGUAUUCCUUGAAAUGACCGAUUCAGAACAUAAAGAUUCGCAUUGACCGCAAAUAUUGUUUUAUAUGCCCCCAAAAUUUAAUCACCAUACACCCAUUGAUUUGGUACGGUCAUGAAGAGUAACUGCACGUACUCUAUCAAAGACACUUAUCUACUAAAAAUACUCACCAAAUGUAACGAUCCCAUCACACCGUGAUAAUACACAUAUUUAAGACGAGAAACACUUCUGGAAAGCUUUCCCUGGAUUUUCGAGUUUUUAGUUGAAACUAAUGGAUGUGAUGUAAUUGAAAAUGUUCGUCCUCGUUUUAUCUCUGCUUUGUAUUUAUCUUUUUUCUAUUUACAUUUGAAUCCUGUAUUUAUGUUGUAUUUCGAUUGCGACACCAAAGAAAAAAGUCAAACACUCGCUGCGAUUAGACGCUUUUCGACCCUCUGCAAAGAGGUCACCAUACAGAGUAAUAUAUUUUUUGAUAAAAAUCGUAAUUUAGGAAAUACAAAUCAUUGACUGUUUUUAAUGUGAUUGAUCUCUUUAAGAAAAAAAUUGUAACAAAUGACUAUUAUUUAGGUAAGAAGUUUAAAGAAUGGAGUAACUUGAUUUGGGUCCAACCCUGACACGUACCUAUGUAUGUAUCUUUUAUUUAGUGCUUUUAAUAUUGUUCAUUGAGUUUGGAGUUGCCUUCUCGGGCUGUAAUGUUUUUUCUGUAAAACUCUAAGGCAUAUCUAGACGAAAACACGUCUGAAAUCAUUUCUUAAUGCUUCGCUUUACUAUUGAAAGAAAUAUAUUUAUGUCAAUAUUAUUUUACGUUAUAUUUUUAAUGUGAAGAGAAAAAGAAAAACUAUAUUUUUAUGAAUUUAUUUUAUUGUUGCAAAAUAGAAUAGAUAUAAAACUGUUUUCUAUAGACAUAGUACCAAAUGUUGCGAAAUUGUUUGAAUUAAAAGUUUCUAAAUAAU